UAUUGAUAAACAAUAUGGCGGACAAUUGAAGAUUGAACGUCAAAAUUCGCAUAACAUGUGAAAAUUCCCUGUAUUUUAGUCGAUUUGGACGUUAGUUUCAAUGUUUUUCAACCAGACAUAGAAUAUAGAUUUAUUCUGCAGAAUGCCAGCUGUAGAAGCAAUGCCCAGGGGUCCUAUGGGCCAUCAAGGCCCAAUGGACAGUUCUGGACUUCUCAUAGAAACCAUGCAGUAUGAGGAACCGGUUAAAUCUCAGCCAGUUCCUAAUCAUUUGCUUGAAACAAAAAUAUACACGAAGAUUGCUCAGAAUGCAAUGGUUAUGGCAAAACCUGCUGUAAUACAUUUUGGUGGCUUUGAAGUUGACAAGAAACAGACCAUAGCUCUCAGCAUAGUCAAUGUGUCAACAGAAGUAAUCCGAAUGCACAUCAUUCCCCCACAGACAAAGUACUUUUACAUCAAGUACACAAAAAAUGAGCGUCUUGUGCCAGGUCUAACAUUGGAUUGUACAAUUGAGUUCACCCCAGAUGAGUGGAGAUACUACUAUGACUGUAUUCGAAUAAACUGCCCAGGGGAAGAGAACCUGGUUAUUCCCAUCCAUGCAUAUCCUGUCAUGAGCACCAAGGACUUCCCACAGCUCUUCAACUUUCCUCCUGUUCCUGUUGGCCACAAAAUGACAAAAGUGUUCCCCCUUCGAUGUGAGGCCCCAAUCGAUUUUGAGUACCAGAUUACCUACCUACAGCCCCACCAAGCCUUCUCCGUGCAUCCAAUAUCAGGAAUCAUCCCGGCUAAUGGUGAGACAGAGGUGUCAGUCACGUUUUCCCCAAUCGAGUUCCACACUGCAUAUAUGCGCGUUCAGCUCGUGAUUUCCCAGUUUAACUCCACCCCAAUCGUGUGUACUUUCACAGGAACAUCAACACCCGGCCUUUUGAAGGACGACACACUGGCGCGACAUACAUUUUACAGUGUGGGAGAAGGGGAAGUGGGCUUUCAAGAUUCCCUGUUGGAUCCUCGUAGUCUCACCCCUGUGGAGAGGGCACGUAAAAAGAAGUUGCGUAUUUCACUUCCUCCACCUACCAAUGUUAAACAGGAGGUUGAGUACCAGGGUGUAAAGUUUCCGGCAAACCUUGACACACCGUAUGCUGUAGCUCAGGUCUUGACGCAAGAGCCAGGAAAAAUGAGGGCGAAGGACCUUAGAGAUGUGGUGGUAACAAAAGACGCGAAGCCAAAAGUGGCCACCAGGCAGAUGAAGGAGGCCAAAUUUGAGCAUGCUGUUCGUCAAAAUGUGUACGAGGAGCGACAAAACCAGCUUAGAUGGCAGUCGAAACUCGGAGAUGACCAGAUGACCACAGACCAGCGUUCAAAAGUCUUAUCUGAGAGAAAUAAGUCAUGGAAUAUCUAUAAGUACAAGCGCUGUGGAGAUCCAGUGGAAGAUGAAGAAUAUGUUCGCCAGUGUACCAAAUGCACAUUCCGGCGUACCCUCCGGGAUAAAGACUUGCUUGCAGCAAAUGAUGCGCAGUUUGAUGUUUACACAAACGAUAUGUGGCACGUCAGGCAUAAAAACCUGGACCGCUUUGCUCAAGCAGCUAGAAAGGUGAUUGUAAGAUUAAGGGCGGACUGGAAAUUGCAGUCGCUGAAACAUUUUGUAGCGGACUGGCAACAGAAGAAAUAUGCUGCUCAAAACCUCACAGAUGAAGAAAAUACUGAACCAGCUGAGCAGAAAGAGAAAAUAUCGGAAGAACAAAAGAGGGAACUGCUUCCAGAGAACCUUGAACUGAGCACUGAUAAAAUCAAGCGCCUCACUUUCCCGACUUACGUCCCACCCAAGGUCAAAGACGACAUGGCUCCAGAUGCACUUGGCUCUGUCCCUUUCAAGUCCACAGAGGUUGUUGUGAAGAGAAAGGUCCCUUACUUUAAUUUAAAGGUACCAUUGACAUAUAAGCUGUCAGGAUAUGAGGCGUACAAUGUACAGGAGUCGUCCAGUGGUUAUGUACCAGUCAAGAUGUCAAAGCCACUAAGAACCGGUGCAGAGGAUGAAGUGAUCAGUCUUCCAUCCCCUGUACUUGUGAAGGAAGAUAGUGUGCACAUGACGAGAACCAGUCUAGCUCUGGGCCAGCCAGGGGAGACUACUAGAGGUGAACCAGAGAGAAAACCAGUCCAGCAGCAAGAAAGAGUUGUAUCCCUUACCCCACCACAAGCACUCUUCCAGCCAAUGGAGUAUCCGGCUCUCCAUAUAUUUAACCCUGCGCCUGGCCUGCAAGUUUUCCAGUCACCUGUUGCCUACGCGGAAACCGACCCUGAUUUCCAUCUGUGUCCUUUACCAAGAUAUACCCGCAGGGAUCACGCUACGAACAUGCAUGCGUCAACACAGAGGCGGUACCUUGACAGAGAGGACGUGGUUCGGGGAAUUAUGACGUGGAAGAAAUUCCCAUCCCAAGGCCUCACAUCACUUAGCAACACCCCAACUCUCACAAACGUCUGGGUGCCUCGAUGGGAUGAUCCGUUCAGCAGCGAGGUUUUACCUGAGGAUACACCGGCCCUGAUGGACUGCCUGCCUGCCGAAGAUGGGGAAACAAUUCUUGAAGAUGAGGAGGAGGAGGGAAGAGUAACAUCCCGUGCAUCUGUGAUUCUUACCCCGGAAAUGGUCAAUGCCCAGUUUAUUUUGAUCGACCCAUCAACUCCAACGGAGGAGAAAAUACCAUCGGAUGCUUUCCCCCAUGGGAACAGAAUGCCAGCUACCAACAUCCCUGUGUCUGGACAUGGACCGGUCCCAAGAGAACAGCGAGAAGAAGAGUUGGAACAGUUUUUGACAAGGCGUUACAAUCGAUUGGGCGGGAAAAUCCAGUCUCGUUCAGUUGCCUUGGAUGGCAUCUUAAAUGACAAGAACCUGGCUUUAAAAUAGGGGCCAGAUUGUUAAAACCUAAAAAAGGGUUUCGUUAGUUCUGUAAUGUGAAUAUUCAGGAAAGUGGGGGAGGGAGGGGCGGGCAUUGUGUGAAUCUUAAGCUUUGUUAAAUCUGUGAUAAUAAAAAGUGUAAAAAAAACAUUUACAAAUAUUGUACAAGUUUUGUUUUUUGUCUUGCUGAUUAAAGAUUAUGCUUUAUUUAUGAAUUAUGAAUGUGCUCAUAUCUGUUCAAGUGUUAUAGUUAUACAAUGUAUAUGAUUACCUGGUAUAUAUUGUUUUAUUUAAAAAAAGAAUUUUGCAUGCUUGAAAAACAAAUGCACUUUUGGUUGAUAUUUCAGAUGUUUUACUGCUAUUUGUAUUUCAUCAUUCAAAGUGAAUAAGUCUUAAAAAAGGAAAUGAAAAAAUUAAUAUUUUCAAUGGCUAUAUUGUUCAUGAAUUAGAUUAUAUACAACUUUGUCAGUAUUGAAGUUUUUUGUUUUUAAAGUUAAUUGUGAUGGUAUUUUGGUACAUGUCUUCUUUGCUUGAAUAGAAUAUUACAUAACUGCUGAUAUGUACAGCCAAUAAGAACAUCAUACUCACAAAUGUGUUAAAGUCUUCGACAUCACAAACAAAUAUGGAUUUGUGAUCAUUACUGUUAAUAAAACAUAACUUGGCAAUAAUAAUUGAUUUACAAUUCCAUUAUCAAAGAUAAAAAGAACCUCGGGUUGUAUCUAUUUGAAAUUGGUUUGGGAACAAUUUUGAAUUUAAUAAAAAUUGAAUCUGAAAUAAAUUAUUAUAAACAAUUUAAUUUAGAAGUAAAAUUCAACAAGUUAUUUCAAAUUGUUAAGACUUAAUGUUGGAUCACAAGCAGAAAACAUAGUUUAUAUAACUCAUGUAAAUUUUUUAUAUGAUUAUGAAAGUUCAUUUCACAUUAAAAUGAUCGGUAAUUUCAAAUAGUUAACGUCCAAGGUCCUUGACUGUUUCGUUUCCGUCCUUAUUCUGUGAUAUAUGUUUACAGACAUUGUCUAUGAAUGUGUUUGUUUUACACAAAUAAAAUAUUUAUGAGUAUUAAAA